UUCACGAGUGCUGACCCCGCCGUGGAGGUCGAUCGAAAAAAUGGUCGAACGGGGCGAUGUUUACGAUGUCACCAUCAAUCAAAAAGAGUGCGGAGUGUGUCUUACGCUCCGCCCGGACCAUAUCUGUCUGGAUGUGUUCGAACCGCAGGGCGACGAGUCGGAUAAGGAGGUGCCGUAUCUUGUGUGGAAGCAUGUGGGGCUACAGUUUACGCAGGGCGCCGAGCCGCAGUUCAUCUGUUGCGAUUGCUGGAAGGCGCUGCAAGAGUUUAACCGCUUCUACAUGAUGGUUCAGGAUGUGCACACGCAGCGAACUUCGUACCUUGCGGCGAACCGCGCGAAGCCGGACGGUCCAAACCAAACUGCUGACACGGUGCCCAUCGCGAACGGUGUGCAUGCCAGUGAGUGCGAGGCGAUUGCCGCACCAGCGCCACUAGCUUACGGAGAGCAGUUGUUGGACCCGGCCACGACGGAUGUUGUGCACAACAAUGGUAUCCCGGUAGCCACUGCGGCACCCGAGUGUCCACCCCGUGGCGGGCUGGUUGAACACGCGGAAUCGGAAAGGAUACCGUGCGCAGCUGAUACCGAUCGUUCCGGUUUGGAACCGGAAGGUAGCCACGUAACGCCAACGGCCAACACCAUCGUCGGCACACCGAGUCGGAAGAGGAAAAAUCAAGAGAUGGACGAAGAAAUACUCGAUUUUUACAAGCGUCUCGUGUGCGAUGUUUGUGACGAUCGCACCGAGUACGGUACGCUGAAGGAGUUGAACCAUCAUAUGAAGCUUGCGCACGGUGAAGAGUCAGGACGCGUUGGUUGUCCACAGUGUGGUAAAAAGUUCCGCACGCGAGUAAAGCUGCUCGAACAUAAGCAAACUCACGUGCCACGGAUGCUGAGCGACGGGGAAACGGACGCCGACAAGGUACAGUCGGCGCAGGUUGACCAGGAAAUACUGGAGUUUUACAAGCGAAUUAGUUGCGACGUGUGCGACGGCGCGACGCCGACACCAUGCUCCACCCUGUACCCCACGGUACGGGAAUUGAACCACCACAUGAGGCUAGUGCACGGCCAGCAGACGGGAACGGUCAAGUGUCCGCUGUGUGAGAAGAAGAUUAGGACGCGUCCGAAGCUGCUCGAACACAAGCGGCUGCACCUGCCGGAGGCGGCGACAGCGGUAGCGGCACCACCAGGGCCGAUGGUGGUGGUGGUGGACGAUGAUCACGGCAGGUCACCCGACGUGAGCCCGGAGCAAAUGGAAGAGCAAACGUUCGAUGUGGAAAUUUUUGAAUUCUACAAACCCAUCACCUGCGAAAUGUGCGAUCCGGAUAAGCUGGUGAACGGUGAACCGGUGGAUGAGUAUCGCACGCUACGGCAGCUCAAUCACCACAUGCGCACGGCACACGGGCUCGAUUCGGGGACGAUCAAGUGUAAGCUGUGUGCGAAAAAGUUCCGCACGCGCGUGAAGCUGGUGGAGCACAAGGAGAUGCACCAGAAUCCGGAUCGAUUUCGGUGCACCGUCUGCCAGGAGGUGCAUCAGAAUUUGGAGGAACACAUGCAGAACAAGCACCAGGAUUGGGAGUUUUGCUGCGAAGAGUGCGGCAAGCGGUUCCCGUUCAAAAGUCGGCUAACCGCGCACAUGGGCAAGGUCCACCAGAAGAAGGACAUUAUUUGCGAGGAGUGCAACAAGCCGUUCACCAAAUUCAGCAUUGAAAAGCACAAGCGGACUGUGCACGGUUCGUACACAACGUUCACGUGCGAAAACUGUCCCAAAACAUUCAAAACGCGUGUCUCACUCGAUCGGCACAUGGAGGCACACAACGGUGGUGAGCAGCAGGGUUCGGCCACCGUCAGCUGCACCCUGUGCAAUUCGGUGCUAAAGGAUGAGUAUAACCUGAAGACGCACAUGAAGCGAAUUCACGCCGAACAGACGCCCUCCACGUGCAAAACGUGCGGCAAAACCUUUAAAUCCAAACAUAGUCUUAAUACGCACAUUUCGAACGUCUGCACGACGCGCCAGUUCCCGUGCACGGUCUGUGGCAAGCAGUUCAAGAAGCGAACAAAACUAAAGCAGCACAUGACGACGGCUCACGCCCGUUGCGCAGACUAG